CCCCAGCUGCAAGGCUGAUAAUACAGCAAAAGUUCCAUCCCACCACAAGCACUUCAAAUCUCCGCCGAUCGAGAACCACCAGCCGACCGUCAACUUGCACCCUCCAAUCGGGCCAGCAACGCCCUCAUCCGGCACCCCAACCGCAUUUUGGGCCCGGCCAGCAGCCGCACUUCCAUACAAGCAAACCUACCGACAGAGCAACCCGAAAAAUGACCACACCAACAUCAACAUCAACACCAACCCCCGCACCCACCCUCUCCUUCCCCCGCCCCGUCUUCGCCAAGCUCUCGCCGCACCCCUACCUCCUGCGCAGCCUCGCGCCUUCCUCGCCCGACCGCCCGCCAGUCCGCACCAACGGCCGCGCGCCGCACGAGGCCCGCGCCGUGCACGUCAACGCCUCCUCGCUCUCCCACGCCCACGGCAGCGCGCUCGUGCGCGCCGGCGACUCGACCGUCAUCUGCGGCGUGCGCGGCGAGCUGCUGCCGGUCGAGCGCAUCCCGCUGUUCCGGCCCCGCAACAGAAAAACCCUGCAUGGGGAUGAUGAAGAUGAUGCUGCCCAGCAAGAGGGUGGUAGAGGGAUCACGGGUUCGGGCACGGGCACCGGCCGGGGCGAGCUGCGCGACUACGACCUGCUCGUGCCCAACGUCGAGCUCGCGACCGGGUCGGCGCCCCAGUUCCUGCCGGGCGUGCCGCCGACCGCGCUGGCGCAGACGCUCGCCUCGCGCGUGUACUCGCUGCUGCAUGCCACGGGGCUGGUGCGGGCGGAGGACUUGAGGGUGUGGUACCGGCCUGGGGAGAAGGGAGGGCGGCGGGCAGGGGAGGAUGUUGAGAUGGGCGAGGCAGAGGAGGAGGACAAAGAAAAAGAGGAGGAGAGGGUGGUUGCCUACUGGGUGCUGUAUAUCGACUUGCUGUUUGUGUCGUUCGACGGGAACCCGUUCGAUGUGGCGUGGGCGGCGGUCGUGGCGGCGCUGAGGGAUACGCGGUUGCCCGUGGCGAGGUGGGACCCCGAUCGGGAGAUGGUCGUGUGCUCGCGGACGGAGAGGAGGAAGCUCGACGUGAGGGGUUUGCCCGUGGCCUGUAGUGCUGCGGUGUUCAUGGAGAAGGAGCAUCGCGAGGCUGCUGCGGGGGCCGGAGAGGGCAGGCAUUGGAUUCUGCUGGAUCCGGACCGGCUGGAGGAGAGUCUCUGCCAGGAGGUCAUCACGAUGGUGGUGGACUGCAGCGACGGGGAAACGAGGAUAAAGAGCAUCGAGAAGCUGGGCGGCACUGUGCUUGGGAGGGAGUUGAUUCGUGGCUUUGCGGGCGUUGCCGAGCGGCGAUGGAAGACGGUCAGGGAUGCCAUGCCCUGACGACUUGGGAGCCCCGUUGGGAGAACAGGACUAUUGUAGGGCAUUGAUACCCAGUGGGAAGGGGACCGGCCAGAAUGGCCACCGAACGGCCUCGCUCCUGUGGGACUGGACAGGAGGCCCCUGCUGUGCACAGGCCUGACAGUUGAGCGUUGCAACUUCGACAGCCGAGUAGCCGGGCAUCAUACAAAAGGGGUAGCUAGCCGCGUCAAGGCAAGAUGGCAGGUGAAUCCGGACUAUUCCGGGAUCGGCAUGUGAG